UAAAGUUCUCACUCUGCUGACGUUGGCAUUCCAAGCAGACUUGUAAUAAAUUGCUGUGACCACAGGAAGAAAGUUCAUUGAGAAGAUUAAAAACAGCAGCUUCUGAUCUUCAACUACCAAGACAGCUUUUGGUCGAUGAUAAAAUCAAAAGUUCAAAAUGCAGCUGCUUCCAAGCGUUCUUAUCAUUUGCGCUUUUGUUUCUGAAGUGCAACCUCUUACCUGUCACUCUUGCACUGCACAAGGCAAGACAUGUGAGACCACACAAACUUCUUGCCCCCCUGGGAUCAACAGCUGCAUCACAAUGUCAGUCUCAACGAAUGCAGGUGGAAUUAAGCAAAUCAUGAUUUUUAAAAACUGUGGAGUGUGUGAACGAAACAUCUCAUUGCAAUUUGGUCUCAUCAAUGUCGCGCAGAUAUGCAAAAGCUGCAGUUCCAAUCUGUGUAACGAUCAUCCUUUUGAAGAGGAACCUUCCAACCUGAACGGCCUCGAGUGCUAUUCCAAUUCACCUGAAGGCUCCAAUGCAAUGAGCAUUGUGAAAUGUACCGGGACUCAGGAUCGCUGCCUCACUGCUUCUGGCAAUUUCGGGGGAGUUAAAAUGGAACUGAGAGGUUGUGCAUCCAGUGAAGCUUGUCAAGCCAUUGACCAAUCAACGAUGGGGAUGCAGCUGAGUUAUACCGGAAACUGCUGUGAGCCCAAGCUGUGCAAUAAGGCUGUACUUUUUCCAGGUUCCGGGAUUUCUCUCUCCACCCUGGCUGACUGGAUUAGCCUAUUCCAGUCACCAGUACCCCGGUUCCCCGAACCGGGGAAUGACAGCAAAUCUGAAUAUAUCUGA